CCACUAAACAGAUACAGUUCCACUGCUGUUGUCUUACACUUCCGCCAGCCAUCACCUGAUUUUCAGUUGGUGAAACGGUUAUGCUGCUAAUUAUGCCCUAAACCACUGUUCGGACGAUCAACCCAUGAACCAUCUGGAUUUUAAUGAUCUUUAAUUGUUGAUCUAUUAUUACUUUUGUUUCCCUUUUUGCUUCCUUCCUUUUAUUAUAUUUUUAAUAUAUUUGAUUAGACGGCAGUUGCCCGGGUUGUGAACAUGGAGGCGCGAGAGGACUAUAGCCAGUCUCGUGGGGCCAAUAAGCCUCCUCAGUUUGACCCCUCCAAAAUUUCGUUAUGGCGAAUGGUAUUCUGUAUGAUUGGACUCUGGGCAUGUCUUUUCCUGUCAGCGUUGGAGACAACUAUAGUCGCCACUGCUUUGAACAAAAUUUCAAGUGAUUUGGACAGCCUAGGAAUGUCUUCGUGGAUAAUUGUGGCCUACUUACUCACGUACAAUGGGUUCCUCCUACUCUUCUCAAAAUUGACCGACAUUUUCGGACAAAAGAGCUUGCUGAUAUUAGCUCAAUUGAUAUUUUUGGUAUUUUCAAUGGCAUGUGGUGCAGCACAAACAAUGACUCAACUAAUUGUUUUCCGAGCACUUCAAGGAAUCGGCGGAUCUGGCAUAUAUUCCACAGUUUUCGUCAUUGUCACUAAGAUAAUCACACCGGACAAGAUCGGCCUCUAUACAGGCAUUUUGACCUCGGUAUUUGCAAUUGCCAGUCUCCUCGGACCAAUUCUUGGAGGCGUCAUUGUCGACGAUACGACGUGGCGUUGGAUAUUCUUUCUCAAUGGUCCGGGAAUCGUUCUUUCGCUCGCACUCGUGAUACCUGGCAUUCCAAGCUUGGGCGAGAAAGUCUUAGAUAAAAAAAAUCUACAACGGGUCGACGUUAUCGGCGGUAUUCUUUCUCUGGCCUGGCCGACGAUGCUGGUGUUUGCAUUGGAAGAAGGAGGUGAAUCAUACGCAUGGAAUAGUGGCACAAUCAUCGGCACUCUUGUCGGCGGUGGCGUUGCUUUAAUUAUUUUUAUCUUUUUCGAAAGAUGGGUACAGCAUUAUACGAAGAAAGAGCCGAUACUUCCGAUACGACUUCUCAAAAGCCCCAGGCUAUGCUUGAACUUAUUGACGAUGUUCUGCCUCGGCGUAUGCUUCUAUGCAUCCAUAGUUCUUCUCCCUCAACGAUUUCAAGCCGUUGAUGGACUGACUCCGAUGAGUGCAGGAAUUCAUCUACUUCCAUUUACUAUUACAUCACCGGUAUUCUCUAUUAUUUGUGGUUUUGUGCUCGGAAAAGCUCAGAAGAGUGCCGUCUACCUCAUUGGGGCUGGGGCCGCACUGAUUGUGGUCGGCAUAGCCUUACUUGGCAGUCUUCCAACUAACGAAGACUCUGUCGUUGCGGCAGUAUAUGGGUAUGAGGUUAUUUUAGCAGCGGGGACAGGGUUCAUCAUGCCACCUCUCGUGUUUCUAUUGAAGAUUGAAUUCAAUGAUGCUGAUCUAGCCUCUGCCAUGGGCGUCAACAACACUUCCCGAACCCUAGGAGGUUGUGUCGGACUCGCAGUAACCUCGACCGUUCUUCAUUCCCAGUUGAAGAAUCUACUCAACGCGUUUCUAAACCCAAGCCAAGUCGCCGCAUUGCUCAGCUCGUCAAGCAGCAGCAGCGAUCUAUCGCCAUCCGAAGUAGUCCGAGUAAAGCACGCUUAUGCAACCAGUUACAAUGCUCAAUUUCGAGCGCUGCUUGCUUUUGCUUGCGUCGGGUUAGUUUCCGCCAUUGUUUUAGGGUUUCUUGGACAACAUCGGGCACGGAAGCGUCCGGUUUCUCAAGUACAAUCAACUUUUAUAGAACUGAAUGAUCAUGCUGAUAGAUGAUAAAUGAGGAUUCAUAUAUUUUCUGUCAGCUCGUCAUGUCUUAUGCAUAUAUACGUGAUGAAGAAAUGCAUUGUGUUUGACUAGAUA